AUGAUCCGGAGGGUCACCAACGCUGCCCCGCCUCCCAUUGCCAUCAACUCCCCGGCACUCAAGCGGAACUUUGACGUGGACUACGGCAAAUCGGCGGAGCUGUCGCCCAUCCGCACACUCGAGCCAGUUGCCAAAACCGACGAGGUCGCCAGCAAGGAGCGCGAAACUGUUCACAAACGCUCCCGAUCAGACAGUCAGCUGCACAAGCUGGAGGCCCGAUUCGCCGAGGGCGGACCCACCAAGAUCUCGCCUGUCAAGGUCAAGAAAUUCAACACCCUCCUCUCCCAGCCCGUCGUUGACAUCGAUGCGUUGAAGCGAGAGAGCUGGUCCGGCAUUCCUCCGUCGGCCCGAGAUAUCACUUGGAAGCUUUUAUUGGGAUACCUGCCGGCGAAGCAGGACCGGCGAGAGGGUACUCUGGAGCGAAAGCGGGGCGACUACAUGGAUUCCAUCCCGCAGUACUACAAGGAGGAGCACGAACAGACCGCCAGCGAACAGGCCAUCUGGCGACAGAUUUAUGUAGACAUCCUGCGCACACACCAAAGCGUGGCGCUAUUCCAGCAGGAAGCUGUACAGAAGGUGCUGGUGCGCGUGCUGUACCUGUGGGCCAUUCGACAUCCGGCGAGCAGCUACGUGCAGGGAAUCAACGAACUCAUCAUCCCCUUUUUCGUCGUCUUCCUCUCCACUGCCGUUGGUAAGGAGGACGUGGAGGAGCUUGACUUUGGUACUGUGCCGGCUGACGUGGUGUCCAUGGUGGAAGCCGACUGCUACUGGUGCCUUUCGGCCCUCCUCGAUGACAUCCAGGACCACUACACAUCCGACCAGCCGGGCAUCCAGCGACUCAUCUUCAAACUCAAGGAACUCAUUCGACGGAUAGAUCUACCGCUGCACGCGCACUUGGAGAAGCAAGAGGUGCACUUCACGCUGUUUGCCUUCAAGUGGAUGAACUGCCUCCUCAUGCGCGAACUGCCGCUCGCUCUCGUCACGCGCAUGUGGGACACCUAUCUCUCCGAACCCGAAGGCUUCAGCACGUUCCAUGUGUACGUGUGCGCGUCGUUCCUGACUAUGUGGUCCGACCACCUACGACAAUUGGAGUUCCAGGACAUUGUGCUGUUCCUGCACCACGUGCCGACCGAUGAGUGGACGACGGCCGAGGUGGAGAUGCUGCUGUCCAAGGCCUACAUGCUCAAGGCGCUCUACCACGACUCGCAGGCCCACCUCAAGUGA